AGCCGUUCUGGCUGACCGCCGUGGCGGCCGCGCGGCAUGGCGGAUGUUCCGCCGGAGGCUCUGGUUCCGGCGCUCCAUCACCACGGCGGCCGCGCAGGCCGAGGCCGUGGGGCUGCUGCUCGGCUCGCGGGCGGACGCCUCGGCGCGGGGCCCGAAGGGGGUCAGCCCGCUCCACGCGGCGGCCUUUGCCGGUGACGCGGGCGUGCUGAAGCUUCUUAUCGAGAGCCGCGACCUGGAAGUGCGGGACCAGCACGGGCAGACGCCCCUCUUCUUCGCCCCGCGCGGGGAGAUUUGCGCCCUCCUCGCGGAUGCGAACGCCGACGUGGACCGGCUGAACAAGAAGGGCCAGACUGCACUCCACCUGGCUGCCAACGCUGGCAUCGACGAGGUGGUGGAAUGGCUGUGCUGCAGAAUGAGCCCGGGCCUGAUCAACGCUCAGGUUCGAGCCACGGCGGCGUGGGACGACGAGGCCGCGCAACAGGCGGCGGUGCGCAUCCAGGCGCGGGCCCGCGGUUUCCGGGACCGGGAGCGGGUGCGGCGGAGGCUCGUGGAGAAGGUGGAGAGAGACGGCUGCACGUUCUGGGAGGUCGUGCUCGGAGAGGGGGACUCCAGGACGGAGCCCUUCGGCUUCUCCUUUGUCAGCGGCAAGGAGCUGGCGCAGAUCGAUGCGCAGAGGCCCAUACCCCUCGGCCUCGAGUGGGAGGACGUGGAGCACGAGAGCCUGAAGGAGCUGAAGGUCACGGCCGUCUCGCCGGACGGGCUGCUGGAGGCCUCGAACCAGCGCUUCAUCGAGCAGGGCCUCUUCCACUACGUGGUGUGCCCUGGCAUGCGCAUCGAGGCGGUGAGCGGGGUGACGGGCAACGUCGGCCUGAUGUCGGCGAGGCUGAUGGAGGACAGCGCGGUGAGGCUGAAGAUCCGCAGGGCCGAGGUGGCCACGAUGGCGAGGGAGAAGCUCAAGCGCAGGCUGUGCGCCUGGAGGGGCCUGAAGUUCGGCGGCAAGCGGCGGGAGAGCGUCGUGGCGCCCCCGCCGGCGCUGCUGGGCAGCUAGAGCUGGAGCGGCCCCCCCCGGAGCAGGCCCCGCCGCGCGACCUGGAGCCGCGCCUGCGCUUUUUUUUUUCCACGCCAGACACGCCAGGCUCGGCCCACACCAUGCCGUGCGACACGCCCGUGGGGCCGGCGCCGAUCCAGGAGCUGACCUCCUCGUCCGUGACGCGAACGCGUCGGGCGGGGCGCGGCUUCUUCGACUCGACUCUGCCGCUCGACCUUUGUCUCUUUCC